ACUCAACUUUUACGUCGCCGCUUCGUGAAGCCAGAUGAGCAGGCAGGGGAGCGGAAGGCGGUUGACUUAACAUGGCUGAGCCGCUGGGGCAUCAGGGGGCGCUGGCCGGCGGUCCCCGACGCGCCUGAAUCCAAUUUGAGUUGAUUUGUUUUCGAGGUGGCCGGCAGGUGACCCGGUGGUCGAGAAUGUCGAAGAGGGAUAAAUUCAACUCGGAUCCGUCCAUCCACAUCUCCAAGAUGAAUGUCAUCAUCCCGUUUUCCCCAGAUGUGCCCUGUGACCAAAACGGCCAGCGGAUGUGGUGGGCUUUCCUCGCGUCCUCCAUGGUCACUUUCUUUGGUGGUCUCUUCAUAAUCCUCCUGUGGAGAACUCUCAAAUAUCUGUGGACUGUGUGCUGCCACUGUAACGCCAAAAAGAAGGUCCAUCGGAUCAUCACGGUCGAUGGCAUCAAGCGCACCGACAAGGACGACCCGGCGGCCAGCGAGGUGGGCUGGAUGACCUCGGUCAAAGACUGGGCUGGAGUCAUGAUAUCCGCUCAGACGCUGACGGGAAGAGUCCUGGUGGUGCUCGUAUUUGCUCUCAGCAUUGGGGCCCUUGUUAUAUACUUCAUAGAUUCCUCUGAUCCUAUAGAGUCCUGUCAAAACUUCUACCAAGACUUCACGUUGCAGAUCGACAUGGCGUUCAACGUGUUCUUCUUGCUUUACUUCGGCCUCCGAUUCAUUGCUGCCAAUGACAAGCUGUGGUUCUGGUUGGAGGUGAACUCGGUGGUGGACUUCUUCACGGUUCCUCCGGUGUUUGUGUCUGUGUACCUGAACAGGAGCUGGCUCGGCUUGAGGUUUUUAAGGGCCUUAAGGUUGAUACAGUUCUCAGAAAUUUUACAGUUUUUGAAUAUACUGAAGACGAGUAACUCGAUAAAGCUGGUGAACCUGUGUUCAAUAUUCAUAAGCACAUGGCUAACCGCAGCAGGAUUCAUCCAUUUGGUGGAAAAUUCUGGGGAUCCUUGGGAAAACUUCCAAAAUUCCCAGACACUUUCAUACUGGGAAUGUGUCUACCUACUCAUGGUUACUAUGUCCACUGUUGGCUAUGGAGACGUUUAUGCAAAAACCACCCUCGGCCGCCUGUUUAUGGUCUUCUUCAUCCUUGGUGGUUUGGCCAUGUUUGCUCGCUACGUGCCAGAAAUUGCUGCUCUCAUCCUUAAUCGGAAGAAAUAUGGAGGGAGUUAUAACUCGACCAGAGGCAGAAAGCACAUUGUGGUCUGUGGUCAUAUUACACUUGAGAGCGUGUCCAACUUUCUAAAAGACUUCCUACACAAGGACAGGGAUGAUGUCAAUGUAGAAAUUGUUUUUCUUCAUAAUAUUUCCCCUAAUCUUGAGCUGGAAGCCUUGUUCAAGCGCCACUUCACUCAGGUGGAGUUUUACCAAGGAUCUGUCCUGAACCCACACGACCUGGCCAGAGUUAAGAUCGAAUCAGCUGAUGCUUGUUUGAUCUUGGCCAACAAAUACUGUGCCGACCCCGAUGCUGAGGACGCGUCCAACAUUAUGAGAGUAAUAUCUAUCAAGAACUACCAUCCCAAGAUCAGAAUUAUCACUCAAAUGUUGCAGUACCACAAUAAGGCCCACCUUUUGAACAUCCCGAGCUGGAACUGGAAGGAGGGCGAUGACGCCAUUUGCCUUGCGGAGCUAAAGCUGGGCUUCAUUGCUCAGAGCUGCCUGGCUCAGGGCCUCUCCACCAUGCUGGCCAACCUUUUCUCCAUGAGGUCCUUCAUCAAGAUUGAGGAGGACACGUGGCAGAAGUAUUACCUAGAAGGAGUCGCCAAUGAGAUGUAUACAGAGUACCUAUCGAGUGCCUUUGUGGGCAUGUCCUUCCCUGUAAUUUGCGAACUCUGCUACGUGAAGCUAAAGCUGCUACUGAUAGCUAUAGAGUACAAGUCUGAUCAAAGGGAAUGCAGCACCCUGAUAAACCCCGGAAACCACGUGAAAAUGCAGGAGGGGACGUUGGGCUUCUUCAUUGCAAGUGAUGCCAAAGAAGUGAAGAGGGCAUUGUUUUACUGUAAAGCCUGCCACGAUGACAUUAGUGAUCCCAAAAGGAUUAAGAAAUGUGGGUGCAAGAAAUCCAGGAAGCUCGCCUACAAGAAAAUAAGACUGGCAUGUUGUUUUGAUUGCGGCCGCUCAGAGCGGGACUGCUCUUGCAUGCCAGUUAAUGUGCGUUGUAACACGGACUCCCCUCGACGCGACAUCCCACUCUCUGCUGUCUCUGUUAAUGAUUGCUCAGCCACUUUACGUGCCUCUAAAAAUAGCUAUAAUGGAUAUAUCAAAUCAAUUGAAGAGGACCAACAGUCUGCGUUAUCGCCCAAAAAAAAGCAGCGCAACGGAGGCAUGAAAAAUUCUCCUAACUCCUCACCCAAGAUCAUGAGACAUGACCCGCUGCUCAUCCCGGGGAACGAGCAGAUGGAGAACAUGGACGAGAACAUAAAGAAGUACGACUCCACGGGGAUGUUUCACUGGUGCCCGUCCAAAGACAUCGAGAAGGUCAUCUUGACCCGCAGCGAGGCAGCCAUGACUGUUCUGAGCGGUCACGUGGUCGUGUGCAUAUUUGGAGACGUCAAAUCUGCGUUGAUCGGUCUCCGGAACUUUGUCAUGCCUCUGAGAGCGAGCAACUUUCACUACCAUGAGCUGAAGCACAUAGUGUUUGUCGGCUCACUGGAGUAUCUGAAACGGGAGUGGGAGACGCUACACAAUUUUCCAAAGGUCUCCAUUUUACCCGGCACACCGUUGAGUCGGGCGGAUCUGAGGGCCGUCAACAUCAACCUGUGCGACAUGUGUGUCAUCCUGUCAGCCAAUCAGAACAAUAUUGACGACGCAUCACUGCAAGACAAGGAAUGCAUCUUGGCGUCACUCAACAUCAAAUCCAUGCUGUUUGACGACAGCAUCGGGGUCUUGCAGGCUAAUUCCCAAGGCUUCACACCACCAGGAAUGGAUAGAUCGUCUCCUGAAAACAGCCCAGUCCAUGGAUUAGUGAGGCAGACUUCUGUCACUACUGGAGCCAAUAUUCCCAUCAUAACCGAACUAGCACCAUUAGCAAAGCCAGGCCAAAAACUGCCUGUGAUUUCAUUCAGUCAGGAUAAAAGCAGUGGGACCAGCAUACAAAUAAUAACUGAGCUGGUAAAUGACUCCAAUGUCCAGUUCCUGGAUCAGGAUGACGAUGACGACCCGGACACAGAGUUGUACCUCACUCAGCCGUUUGCCUGUGGAACAGCCUUCGCAGUCAGUGUGCUGGAUUCCUUAAUGAGUGCUACAUACUUCAAUGAUAAUAUCCUCACCUUGAUCCGGACGUUGGUUACUGGCGGGGCGACGCCGGAGCUGGAGGGGCUGCUGGCAGAGGAGAACGCGCUUCGGGGCGGCUACAGCACGCCACAGACGCUGGCGAACAGGGACAGGUGUCGUGUGGCACAGCUGGCGUUGUACGACGGGCCCUUCGCCGACCUCGGGGAUGGCGGUUGCUACGGUGACCUGUUUUGCAAAGCCCUGAAAACAUACAACAUGUUGUGCUUUGGCAUCUACCGGUUAAGAGAUGCACAUCUAAACAGCCAAAGCCAAUGUACCAAGCGGUAUGUCAUAACCAAUCCACCAUAUGCUUUUGAGCUGGUGCCGUCAGACCUGAUAUUCUGCCUGAUGCAGUUUGACCACAACGCAGGCCAGUCUCGAACCAGCCUCUCCCACUCUUCCCAUUCAUCCCAUUCCUCCAGCAAAAAGAGCUCCUCUGUCCACUCCAUCCCGACCACCAACCGCACCAACCGCGCCCGAAGCAGGGACUCACGAGACAAACAAAAUGCAACAAGGAGGAAUAGAGUGGGCCAAGAAAAGAGGUUUACAGAUGAGUCAGAGAAUACCCACCCCAGGACCAUACAGCUGAAGCCUGUGAAUACGCUCUCCACCAACCAAGUCAGUCAGCAGAAAUCCACAUGCAGCUUGAUUGCACCCAUCAGAGAAGUCGAAGACGAGUGCUAAGCUGACGCUUGGACCCCCAGAAGAGACCCGAGUCGUGUUCUCAUCUGCAAACAAAACAUCGACGUCAGAUGAGGACACAUGCUGCUUUCCUCAUUCACCUCCGCAGCAAGCGGAAUCAUACAAAGUACAGAUUAAAUAUAGAUGUAGACAAUCACAGUCAAAUGUUGCAACAACUCAACUUUUAGUUUGCACAGCUAAUAUUGUGGCAUCCGGACUCCAUGACUUGUCUGUUCCAUUUCGGGGUUGAAGGAAAACAGCAAUGUAAAAAGAGCUGAUUAUAAAACCUGGAUCAAGUUUUGCAGUUGUAUAAGUUGCCUUUCAAGCUGUUGAUGAACAACUACUACUGCAUUGACUAUACCCAGUGUUCGAGUUAUUCUGUACAGUGUGUUAAAAUGUGUAUUUUACAUCCAGCUGCAAAUCCCACCACAAUGGCAUCGUUAGUGACUGAGGCCCGAUCCCAAUGUCCCGACUCAAGUUCUCGUGAAGUCUGUAGGGCCUACGGCGGUCCUGCUGUUGAAUCAUAGAGCCAUUUAUGCACACUUUGCCUGAGGGAAUUACCCAGAAACCCUAGCGUUUUCCCUUUAAACACUGGGUAGCCUGGAGGCUAAAAAAAAUAAGGUAAACAAAGAAUGGGACACGGCUCUUCUGCCUGGACAAUUAUCUCAAGCGUAUUCUACACACCUGGUGUGUUUAUCAAACAUUUUAUUUAUUUUUACCAUCUUUAUCUACCCAGUCAAGAUCGUAAGAGACGUUCAAAUCAGGCAACAUAACAAAAAGCCAUGUGUCAGUGUAUUCACACCAUGCACGUCGCAGCCCCUCACACAUCGGGAUUGGGCCUAACUCUGAUUCCUUUGCCAUUUGGAGCUAAUUCACAACAUUUGUGACAGUUAAGACGGCCAGCGUCUGUGUAAAUGGCAUUUGGCUCCAGCCUUAUCUAUCCAUUUACAUUAGUCUUAUUUUGCCUUUUCGAGUUGUUCGUUAUAACCGUUUUAAUUUAGCUGUUUGGUUGCAAUGUCCAAGACCCCAGAAAUGAUUUUAAGUAUCGCCAAAGCCUCGCCAGGGUCUAUUUUCACAAUAGUCAAAUGAUGGAGCUGUUUUGUCAUCAACAAAAUAAGAACAGUGACAUAUUUCUUUACUUAACGCACCAUAGAGAGCAAAUCUAUACUAUGGUUUAGCACAGCAUCAUAAAGUCUGAAGACGUGAAAGCCUCAUGUCGCAUGAAGUGGGCAUCUUCAAGUCCUCCGUUGGCUGUAAGCACUGCCUGACACAGGAUUGUCUUGGAGGCCAGUAAACGCUUGUUUUUACUCCAUGACCAAUCCUAAUGCCAUUAUUGCACAUGCUGAUGCUUUUCAGUAGAUACAUGACAAACAGCUCUAUCAUAGAAAAUAUCAUUUGGGCAUUUUUAUACAUUAAAAGAUUCUGUUCUGCUGGUAACCAUCUUGGCAAUCUAUUACAUGUCUGACAUAUUCAUGAAACUAAAGGGAACACAAAUAUAUACUUUUAUUUUGUAGGAUACAACCCAGUCUACGCCAGCACUCGUGUUGCGUGUGAAAAGAAGUCGACAUUUUCAGUGGCACAGAGCAGCCGACUCUCAGUGCCAUGAAUGUGCCGGGCAGUGCUUAGGUCAACGGAGGACUCAAGAAGACCCACCGCUGCGAAAAGAGGCUUUCGUUUAACCGAAUUUAAGCUAAAUGUAAUUUUGCAAAGAUUUUGAUAGGAGGCUGUAAUUUCCUGGAGAUAAUUUAGAACUUUAGUAAAUUUAAAGUCUUAAAAAUAUUUUAAACGGUCCAUUGUCAAAAGCAGAACAUGCUAGCUAUUCAUUUUAUGUACUCUUCAAUCUGUAAAGCUUAACGUAAAAUAUUUUUUUCUAGUCUGUUCUUGUUUGACAAUAACUGCGGGGUUGAGGCAUUCAGCAUUGCUGUCUACUUUGUAUUAUUUUGUGAAUUUCUUUUUAGCACUGACUUGUGGAAACAAUGAUUGUGCUAAGCUGAUAUUUCUGACUAUGUCAUAUUAAUCAAUACAGUUUAUUGUCUUGUACAAAUAGGCUUGUACAUAAAAUUGUACAUGAUUUCAUUUUGUAUUUUCACAAAUUAAAAGCUGAUGUAUUGUGUUCUACA